AUGGAUACUGGAGGACGCGUCUUCACGGUCGACCCCCUCGAGAGGAACGCGGCGAAGGGACAUGGGCUGAUCACCUGCAUGGCUUCCGGGAACGACGUCAUUGUCCUGGGCACCAGUAAGGGUUGGGUCAUCCGGCACGACUUCGCUGUUGGGGACUCUCUAGGUAUCUCUCUCUCUCUCCAACAGAGUUUCUCAUUGCUCUUCCUUUGUUCUGCAAGUGUAGGCGUGCUUAUAAUGCAUUCAGACGUGCGGAUAGAGUUAAAUUGUAUUUAGAUAUUUUUCGUUGCGUCAUUUUGUGCUGAACAGUGUAGCAUGGCUAUGAAGAGUUGGUUUGCCACUGUAAAAGUUGGAAGGGUACCAAAAACAUGGGAAUCGGAAUAGAUUAUAUCCUAAUUAACAUUGGUAGCAUGUCCUAAAAUGCUUAUUCACUCGAUAAAGCCAUCUUGACAAAGAAUUGCCACACCUUGUCUUUGAAUUUAGAACCAUAUAACAAGUACCGGGCUUAUGAAAUUUUAUUGUGAAACUUAGAAUGAUCUCAUUAAAAAACUACAUGAAUUCCUCUAAUAAUCAUCAUUUUUCUGAUGAGCCUUGUCCCAUUAAGAAUGUGUCCUUGGGCUUUGACAGACGAUUACCAGGAUUUUGGCGUCUCCAUGUUUCAAGUUAUUGGCUUGAUAAGGAACUUUUGACAUCGGAUCAAGAUAGGUAGGUGGCUUCAUGAUGUAGACUAACAAGGAGAUCUAAGAAGCUGUUACAGCUCCAUAGGCUGCUGAUUUGAAAAUUAUCACAGAUUUUGCCAGCGACAUAUAUUGUGUCAAUUUAAUGGGAAGAAUUUAUCUUUUUUUGAAAAUUCUUGCCAAGAAAUCAGAAAAUUUUCUAUGAACGAGCUUUUGUCUCGCUAUUUCUUUCAAUAUGUGCAUCUUUGUUGUUCUGAAUAAAUCAUUUAGUUUCAGAGUCCUAUAGUCCUAAGAUAGUUCAUGGUUCCAUUUGAUUGCAGAAAUAGACCUCUCUGGUGGUCGAACUGGGGACCAACCUGUGCACAGAGUAACUGUUGAUCCAGGGGGAAGUCACUGCAUAGCCACUGUCCUUAGUCAUGGUGGCGCUGAAACAUACUAUAUGCAUGCCAAAUGGGGUAGGCCUCGUAUUCUGAGCAGACUGAAGGGUAUUGUUGUCAAUGCUGUUGCUUGGAACAGGCAGAACAUUACUGAAGGUAUAUUGAUGUAUGCUGUCAAGGAUGCUUUUAUUCUGUGUAUUGUUUCCCUAGAUGCAUUCUGAUUAUGUCAAUAACUUUAAUGCCCAUCUAGCAUCCACGAAGGAUAUCAUUCUUGGCACUGAUACUGGCCAAUUAUUUGAGCUUGCUGUCGAUGAAAAAGAUAAGAAAGAGAAGUACUUGAAAUUGCUAUUUGAAUUGAAGGAACUUCCUGAGGCCAUCAUGGGUUUGCAGGUACUUUUUGAAAGUUUAUGAUAGUUCUGCUGGUUCAUUUGCCAUUAUUUUUGUCACUCUUGAGGUAAAAUCACACUCAUUACAUUUACACAGAUGGAAACAAUUACCCUUGGCAAUGUUACUAGGCACUAUGUGAUGGCUGUUACCCCUACUCGGCUAUAUUCUUUUAGUGGCAUGGGAUCAUUAGAUGUAAGUUGAGUUGCAACAUUCUUAUUUGUCACUCAUGCAUUGGCAUCUUUUUUCUGGUUGAUUACUGCCUUCUAAGGACUCAGCUCUUUCCAUUUAUAUGUUGUGUCUCGUUUUCCACUUUGCUGAUUGCAUAUCUUUCAACUUAUGAUUAUUGUCAUAUUUUCGGCAUUCAUUUGCAUGCAUUGGCCUUCACAUCAUCAUCAUCUCACUUCCAUGCUUACAAAUCUACAGUGGCAGUGUUAACCAUGUGUGCUAUCUUCCUGAUUUUCUAUCAUUCUUUUUACAUUGUAAAGGUUGCUAGAAAUUACUACCUUCAUUAAAUGAACUAAAAAAACAGUAUGAAAGGAAUGGUUGAACAAAAAUGUUACUUUUCAAGUAGAAAAUACAAUGCAAUCCCCACCCAAGGAACAGAAGGGGAACCAAAAAUACAAGCGCCUUAGGAUUCUCUUAAAGGAAAAUCAUCUCCAAUUCUUGACUUUGGGACGCACGGAAUACUUUCAUACCAUGUGGCCCUGAAUGGAUUCCACCUGGCUUUCAAGAUCUUCACACAGCAUAAUGUUCAACACACCCUGUUACAGGAAUGGGCUUGUUGAGUUCCAUUGUUGCAGUAGCUGAAAAUGUUGCUGCAGCGGUUAGUGCACAUUAUGAAUUCAAGCAAGAACCUUCAGACUGUCAAUAAUGAAGCAUCUCACAAAUGUAUGGUCCAUUGAAAGAUUAAUAUAAAACAUGGGUCUCUUCAUUUUGCAGUCUGCACUUGUUAAUAUUGUGAAAGUAGGUAGGUUCUUCAGCGAUACCCCUUAUGAAGAUGAAAAUCUUGGUCUGAAAGGAUUCAAUUCAUAAAAUGCGAGACAACCUAACCCUUUAACUUUUAAGCUAGUCAGUGAAAGUUAAUUUGUUUUGCCAUUUCUACAUUAAUGAGUGCAUCCUGUUGUCUGAUGACAGUAGUAUUUCGUUUCUGCAGAAUCUAAACUGUCUUCUUUGUUCAUAAAUAUAUAUCUGUAAUCUUAAAGACUCUUAUAACCCUUACUCGUGGUAAUGUACAAGCUAUGGAAGUGGAGGCCAAGUUGAUUCCAUUCAGACACGUCUUCCUAGAAGUUUAAUCCAUUUCCCUUACGUAGUUAGCAACGUAGUAGUCACUUAGGUUGCUGAUCGUCUUAAGGAGGAGGGAGUGAUGAUUGGGUUUCUUCCUUCGCAUGCCCCCCAGGUACAGUUUGGUACCAUUUUUCCUCAACGACUUUGCUACUCCAUAUUUCUAUACUUACUCUGUACAACCAUAUGAACAACAUGCCUUUUUUCAAAACUCACUAGAUAGAGUAGCUCCUCUGCGCCAGUGUGGUCUUACUACAACAGACUUUCUCUGUCAUUCUCUCUCUGACAGACUUUCCCUGAUAUGAUGAGAUGAAAACCUUUGCUACCUUUGCCUUCACCGACUUGAUGGAAUGCAAGACUUGACUUGUUAGUUUUCUUCCAUUCUUGUUUAUUUAUCUUCACAGACGAAGUGAAUCCUCCAAAACAAUCUUUCUCGCCUUUCCGGUAUGCAGCUCCGUCUUUCCAUGGGAAGCUCUGCAAGUAUUGGCCAUUUAAGCUUAGGAACGGGAGAAAGCCUCAAAAAGUUGACAAGAAUCUCCUGGCCAUCUGGCUACGUUAUGCUGCUCUCCACGUUAUGCCCACGUUAUCUGAAAACCUGACAAGGUUCAGCUGGCGGAGUGGAUAGGAUUACAUUUUAAACUUGUCUGAUCUCUUGCUGAUGCUAGUUCAACUGUAAUGGCGUUUACCAUAAUGUGGAAACAUUUUUUUUUUUGUGAACUUCUUCAUUGCCUUUUCUUACAUUCGUUUUUUGAAAGUGGAUUCUACCAUAUAACAAAAAAAAAAGGUAUAUAUAUGUGCAAGAUCCGCGAGUAUAUUUUCAUACCUAUGGCUCAGUUGUAUAUGAUUUUACUUUUGCGAAUAGAAUUCCCCUGUAUAUCAACCUUUUCUCAUAUUCAUUAGCUUUGUGAAUCCUAAGCAUGAAAUUUUAUUAAAUGUUAUACAUCCUCAUUUAAUGUCCUUUUGGAGUCUUUUUUUUAAAUAUUCCUGUUUACCUAGUUCUCAUAAUAUUUGGAAUUUUAUUGUUUCAAUUCGUCAGCCUCUUCAUCUUGUUCUAGAUAAUACAUGGUUACAGUAUUUCUUUCGAUUUUUGUAACUACAGAAUUUUUACACAUGUUGCCAAUGCAUAACCAUGGUUAAACCUGUUCCUCCUCUGGUAAAGGAUUCCAUAUUGAUACAGGUGAUUUAUUGCAGGCAGUGUAUACAAAUUAUGCAGAUCGUGCAGUACACUUUAUGGAACUUCCCGGUGAAAUACCAAAUAGGUAAGUUUAUAUUUUACUAUAAUAUGAAUAGCAAAUAGUUAACAACAUUUUUUUUAGAGCGGUUGCCUUUGGGGAAUAUAGAUUAGAGAACAUGAUCUAAUGAACCAAGUUAUUGCAUUUACCAUUAUCAUGUCUUUCGUAGAUGGUUGGUAUGUUUAUAUCUAUAUCAUUACUUUUUAAUUGAUGAAGUCAUGGUAUUAUACACUUUCCAACCAAAAGUAUUUUUCAAUUGUUGCUUUUAACACGGCCAAUUUUAUCCUCCAAACUCAGUUUUACCCGUAUGUUUUUCUUUAUGAUGCAACGUCAUUGUCAAACUAAGGGAGAAUAUUAAAUAUGGAUGUGCAUCUUCUUUGUCCAUUGCUUUAUGGUCCAUCACAUGAAGAUGGGCUUAGAUGAUUUUCUGGGGCUCUUUGGAGGAUGCAUUGUUAUUGUCUGCCUUUUAUGUGUCUACUGAACCAGAUUAUGUGAAUCACGAGGCUGAUGGGCAGGUAAUCUUCGGGGUUUGAAUCAAUGAAAGUCGUUUGAAUCGGAUUUUGAUUUCGAAGUUAGUUGCGACUGAAUUGAAAUAUUUUGAUUUCUGCACUUUUGCAGAUCUUUUAAUUGACAUUGUAGUGUUAUACUCGCACUAUUAGGAACUGCUAUAUUGUCUAAUUGGCAUAUAAGAAGUAGGAACUGCUAGCUUUGUUGAGUGAGGUCUCAGGAUUGGUCAUCAUCAGAACUAGGAUAUUGGACUCGUCAUCAUUAGAAUUAGCAUUUCAAUUUAUGUUUGACAAGUGACAAUGGAAAUUGGUUAUUGGGGUGAGAGAUUUUGAUAGCAGAAAUGCAUAUCUUGUCAGCUACAUAUAUUUUAGCAGCCGGCAUUGAUAGGGUAUUGCUGAAGGACUUAUUAAGGAAGGAUAGCUUGGGGGGAGCUGAGUUUUCACUGAAUAUUUUUUAUGUCACUUCAAUGCACCGCAAUUUACAUUGUGACAGGUUUUUGAUCAUAGGACAAUGACAGAGGAGGAAUAUUCCAUGCUCAAAAGAAUGUUCAAGUUGGGAAAUGCAAGAAAAGAGCUUGGUUCUCAAUCAACUCACAGCUUAUUUCAUUAUUGCAAAUGGAGUUGCUAGAAAUGCAGUAGAAGCCGGGGUUGUUAAACCCUCCAUCAUGAAAAGUGCGGAUUUUAGUUCUGGAGAGUCAUUUAUGGGAGAUCACCUACGUAUGGUUGAUAACAAUCAUACUAUGUAUGCGGAAAAAAAGUAGGAUUCUUUGGAGUACAUCUUCCUUCUCGCUUGAGAUCUAGUUGAUAAUAUAUUACACAUCAACUAUAAUAUGAAAUACUCCAGGGGAUGGUUGGAGGACUUUUGCUUAAGUGACGGACUUGGAUUGGACAUGGGGAUGGGAGCAUGAUAUUUAAUGGCCUCUCCUGUAUGCGAUCGCUUAAUCAUUUGGAACUAGAGGGGCUAGUACAUUUUCACCAGAAAUUUUUCUAUUAAUAAGGUGCAUAAUUGUGUAUGUCGUCGGGUCAAAUAGUGGGAUGAGAUUUUUUUCUAAUGAAGAAGGCAAUGGAUAUGUUAUUUGGCGCUUACAAGUAUUAUCCACUGAAUUGGUAUUGUAGAUGACUGAUGUUGGGGUUUUAAGAUAUCAUAGGAUACAUGUAUGCCCAUCCCUCUCUUUCUUUUUUGUUAUUUUAUUGCUACUUGAUACCAGCCAUUUUCGAAAGGAAAAAUUCUAAAAAUCGUUGUGGACAAUGCCUGACUUUAGUAUGAAACUUUCUUGCAGAGAGAAAAUUUUUAUAUUUAACACAAGUUGAUUGAUGUUUCUUUUAAGGACCUAUCUGUACUCAUCUUUUUAUUUAUUUUGAAAUAAUGAAAGUGACAGAUUCCUACUACAUUUUAUUGAAGUUUUCAGUCAACAGAAGCUUUUAAAACUCAGCUCGUACUGUUAGAAGGCUGGUAUAAUUUUUAAUUACGUUUUAUUGAUAUUCGGUCUUUGAAGCACUAUUUAACUCCUCUUCUUUACUGCAGUGAACUUCACUUCUUCAUCAAGCAGAAGAGAGCUGUACAUUUUGCCUGGCUUUCUGGGGCUGGAAUUUAUCACGGUGACCUAAAUUUUGGAGCUCAGCAUAGGUAAGUUUUUACUUUAUGAGCUUGUUUAUCCAGCACUAAUAUAUCGUAGUACAGGAAUUAUUCUAGUGUUCUACAUUCUUUUCAUUUUUUAUAAACAAGUUUUACAAACUAUAUUCUGGUUCUGUGUCGGAUGAAGGCCCCUGCUGACAUGAAACUUUCCUGAAUUUUCUUGACUAGUUCAACUAAUGGAGAUGAAAACUUUGUGGAGAACAAGGGUUUGUUGGAAUACUCAAAGUUGAAUUGUUCUGGUGAAGCAAUUAAACCAGCAUCCCUUUCCCUAUCUGAGUUCCAUUUUUUGCUCCUCAUCGGGGAUAAAGUUAAGGUAUAUAUACAUUAUACCCAAUUGUCUAGGUAGCAAACUUUCUAGAAAUUUUCUUUUAAGAUAUACAUAAUGCCAUAACACUGUGAAAAAGUGAAAAUGAGAUGUUUUGACAAAUUGUGGCAAUUAUUUUUCUGAAAGGCAAAAGAAAAUAAAUUCUGAUAUUUAAAAAAUAUUUUACAGUUCUUGGGUUUAUUUUUAGUGUCUUACUGUAUGAUGCAGGUUGUCAACAGAGUUAGUCAAAAAAUUAUUGAGGAAUUAAAGUUUGAUCAUUCACCAGAGUCAGCUUCUAAAGGGAUUAUUGGAUUAUGUAGUGAUGCAGCUGCUGGAUUAUUCUAUGCAUAUGAUGAGAAUUCCAUCUUCCAAGUUAGUGUGUUUGACAUAUAUUCAUGAUGAAAACGACAGUUGGUAUAACCUUUGACAAUUUUAACUCAUUGAAGAAAAAUACUGCAGGUUUCUGUGAAUGAUGAAGGCCAAGACAUGUGGCAGGUUUAUCUGGAGAUGAAGGAAUAUGUAACUGCUUUAGCUAAUUGUCGUAAUUCAUUGCAGAGGGAUCAAGUAUAUCUAUUACAAGUAAAUGUUUUCAUCCCUCCUUGGACGAAUAUGUGGUGUUGCUUGCCCCACGUAACUAUUGUGUGGAUAAUUUUGAAAAAGCUGCAUUCUUAUAGUCACUCCCUUGUAUCUUCACCCGCCUUCUUUUCAUUGUUAAUUUUGUUUUCAACAUACUUUUAUUUGCAGGCAGAAUCUGCUUUCGCUGUCAAAGAUUAUUUUCGGGCAGCUUCUUUUUAUUCUAAGGUGAGAUAAAUGUCUCCUUAUUUUGCUCUAUAUUAUCAGCUGCAAUUUUAGAACAUGUCUUCUGAUAUGCAUUUGAUUAGAAGAUUUUACCACUAAAUUUUCAAUUUUCCGUACGGUAGAUCAUAGACCUUUUAUGAAUCAUUUUCAGGUUUUGUCAUCCUGCUUUUCUACAAGAAGUCGUAUUUUUGAAAAAGGAAAUACAUGCGAAUGCUUAAAUAGCUGAAACUUUGCUAUUCAUUCAAUAUUUCAAGAAGUAUGAGGUGGUCUUGUCUUCUGUAUCUCCUUAACGAGGAGCAAAAUCAGUUUGUGUAAUACAGCACGAGUUAGCCUAAUUAGUUUGCAGUCUGACCCCUUUUAGCCUGAUCCUGUACAGUUCAAGAUUCAUGAAGUCCGAAACCAAAGCUAGCUCAUCCUUGUUGACCCUUGUUAGACAGAGUUAGGAAACUCUGUAUGGAGCUGUAUUAGCUUAACACAGCCAACUUUAAGACAUCCUCGUAUGAUUUCUCCUUUUUUCUCUUCUCUUCCUUUCCUCUCUCAUUUUUAUUUCUACCUUUUUUCUCUCUUUUCAUCUCUCUCUCUCUUCUCUCUCUGCUUUUUCAUCAUCUAUUCUCCUGUUACUGCAAAGAAAACUUAAAAGUUCUGCAUCAUAGACGAAGGUGUAGAUAUUAGCUGAUUUAUUUAGAUUUAAAGAUGAUUAAGGCUUAAAAGGAUGUUGUUGUAUAGAUUCCCCGACUUGUAAUCUUCUAUACCUUCUUUACUUCUAUCUUUCAUUUACUGUUUGGCAUAGUGGAGCUGUUCUAAAGUUAGAUUAUAAUCGUUUUCUCCUGAACUUAUCCAUUCUAUCAGUUCUUUAUUCUUUAUGAAAAUCUGAAAUUAUAUUCAGUUGUUAUUAUGUAAACCAUAUGAAAUUAUGUUCUUUAUUUGUGACUUUGCAUGUAGGGAAUCUGGUGUUCUUACCGAAACAUAUAGAAAUAUGAAACUAAGAAAUAUUGAAAUAAUAUAGGUGUGGAAAUAUUAAUGCAAAUUACGUGGAAAAAACGGUUCUAGUCGAUAAUUUUUCUUAGUUGUAGAUUAAUGUCUGAUUUUCUCUUAUGAAUAGACGAUUAAUGAAACAAUUUUUUGUUUUCAUCAGAUCAACUACAUCUUGUCGUUCGAGGAGAUCAGUCUGAAAUUUGUUAGCAUCGGUGAACAGGUAUGGCAUAUGCUAUACCAUAGAUUCUGGAGACGUGGUACAUUUUCCUCAGUGGUGUAAAAUAUCAAUUUGGUUGCAAUUUUCCUACCAUGAAUAUUGGACUGUGGGAUCUAUAGCCUAUGCUGAUAUCUGAACUUAUCAAAGACUUUUAUUCUCAAUGAUUAAUUUGUCUUGCCUAAUGGUAGCCUUCUAUUAUUUCUCUUUCUCAUGAAGGAUGCUCUGAGGACUUUCUUAUUGCGGAGACUUGAUAGUCUUUCAAGGGAUGAUAAGUGCCAAAUAACAAUGAUCUCAACCUGGGUUACUGAGCUAUACUUGGACAAGGUUGUUAUCUCUAAUUAAAUGGUUUUAUAUUUUCUUGAGAAUAUGGUUGUUUAGAGGAGAUAUGAUGAAUGUUCCAAAAACAGAGCUUCAAGAACUCAUUGAAAAAAAAUAUCUUCUGUGAUAUGCAUUGGCCCAAUCGCUAGUAUUGAGAUGUUUAUAGUCAUCAUGAUUGCAUUGCAUUUCUUUUUCUUGCUACAUCGUUGAGGAUUCUUCUGUGUUAAUCUUUAUAUUGGUGGAUUUUAUUGAACCUAGUAGCUAUCAAGAUUAAUACCCAUGAUUAAAUCUCCAAAAUUUGUCGACAUCUUAGUUCUUAACAAAGUGAUGUGACAUAUUCUAUUUAAAUCUGUCUUCUAUAAGUAUAAUGUAUGUAAGAAAUUUAUUAUUCUCUCAUUCCAUCAAGGGUUUGGAAUGAUUUUUAUAGCUGAUUUGGUCCUAAAAUUUCCAAUUCUGUUUUCAGUCUAUCCAAGAUGGUUAUUUCUGAUGUUCCUUGCUGAGGAGCAUGUCUGUCUGGAGGGGUGGGGGGUGGGGGGGGGGGGGGGGGGCGAGAAUAGAAGAGGAAAGAGGAAGAAGGAUGAUUGGGGAGUGCACGACAGUUUCUAUCCUUCACUCCAAAAAUGUCAUCAAAUUGUCCCACAUUUUAUAAAGUUCAUCCAUCCAGAAUGAUAACUCAUGUGAGUAGGAAGCCCUAGUUUAAAUAAUUUUUGAUAGCUAUAAUAUUUAAAAACUGACUUGCAGGUUUGCUUCUCUCUCUGUGAGAGGUUGUUCUUUAAUUUCCAGACUAUGGUCUGCAGACAUUUUAAUUUUUUUAGUCUGUAGUAGUGAACUUGAGUUGCGAAAUCAAUGGUUUAAGGAUGAAGAUGGAUAUAAAGAUCAAUUCACCCGUGUUCUAUGGCUGUUCGCUUGGUGGUUCACUUCGUUGUUUUAUUACUAAGAAUUGUGCGUUGAAAUCAUUUUACAUUAAAAAUAUGGUAGCUUAAUUGAUGCAAUGCAUCUCGAUCUUUCUGAUCAUAUACCUCCUGUAUCCUUCACAUAUGGAGCCUAUACAGUAAUCUCUGAGUAUUCCCACGCAUCUGUUUUCUUUUGAGAGGUAUAUCUUUGACAGCUGAUAUAUUUUCGUAUGUGCUAAUUCCUCAGUCUGUGCUUUGCAGAUCAAUAGGUUAUUAUUAGAGGAAGACACUGACGAAGUCAGUAGUGCACCUUCAGAAAACUGGAGUUCCGAGUGCCAAACAAUUGUUACGGAAUUUCGUGCAUUUCUUAGCGACUGCAAGGAUGUAUUGGAUGAGGCAACAACAUUGAACCUCUUGGAAAGGUCCCUGUAAUGUCGAAGAAUAUUACCUUCUUCUCUACCUUUGUUGUGUUUUGUUUUUUAUCAUUAUAUUUGAGAAUUGAUAUAUCUUAAUAUAAUAAUGCAGAAAAUUGUAGAGUCUUCGGCUAUGGAGAAACAUUGUUCAUAUAUAUAUAUAUAUAUAUAUUGAUGUAUGUAUAUAUUGCUAUAAAAAAAGCAGUAUGAUCUCGAUUUAAAACACGGUUGGAUAAUUUACAUAUUGGAACACGUGCUGUUGAGUGCAUUUGAGUAAUUUCCCAACAUUUUUGUUAAUAUUUCAGAGCUCUUUGUUUAUAUGGGAGUCUCAUGUCAUAUGUUCUAUAACUACUCGUGCAGCUAUGGAAGAAUCGAUGAACUUGUGUACUUUGCAGCUCUAAAGGAGAAAUAUGAGAUUGUUGUUCACCACUACAUUCAGGUACAACUUUUACAUUGUAGCCUCACAAUUUUGCAAUAAACCAUAAGCCAACUCUUUGUAUCUGAGAAACGAAUGUUACAAUGAUCUUCAUCGCCAAAUAGGGCUUUUAAAGGCAUGGACGCAUGGCACUUAUUUUCAACACAUUAUCAACUUUGUAGAAAAAUGUAGAUUCGUUAACUUUUAUUUCCAUGAUAGCCUCCAUCUUGUUUGCUUCUAUUACAAAUGGUAAAGUCAUUGACUCUGUGGUGUGGUCUCUAGUAUUGGGUGUAUAGAUGUUAUGUAGGUUAGGUAUGGAGGGUCAGAAAGAACUACGGAUUUGUAUAUUCGGAAUUUAGUUUUCUUCUGCUAUGAAGUAUCCACCUUAAGAUAAAUGUUCUUUUGUUGUGGACUAUGGAAUGUAUACUGAUUCAUUGCCGUCUUAUCUGGGCCUAAACUAAGUCGUCUUCUUGUCAUCUCCAGCAAAGGGAAACAAAGAAGGCACUAGAGGUACUUAAAAGACCCAACGUCCCAAUUGAUCUUCAGGUAUGUUGUGAAGGUAUUUAUUAACCAAUUUUUAGCAUCUUAGUUGUUAGGUUUUGUAUCUUAAUUGUCCAUCACAUUCGUGGGGUAAUAUAUAUAUAUUUUUUCAGUAUAAAUUUGCCUCGGAUCUUAUAAUGCUUGAUGCUUAUGAGACGGUUGAAUCUUGGAUGAUCACUAAGAACCUGAACCCACGGAAGCUGAUUCCCCCAAUGAUGCGCUAUGCAAAUGAGCCACAUGCAAAGUAAUUUUGAUUAACUUUAUUUUACUUGAAAUUUUCAUGUUUCAUCUUUACAAAAGCUAUUUUAUGCUUAUCUGGACCAUUGCCUAGCAGGUAGAGCCACAUUUUGUUAUAGAAUCAGACUGCAAUAUGUGCUUGUCUCCUGUGUAUGAUAACAAGGGUAUCACAACUUGUGCAACUUUGUAAAUAAAUCAUAAUGAACAACGGAGCUGCCCUGUGUAACAACUCUGAAGAAGGAACUGCAGAUAUUACCAGUGAUGCCGAUUACAAUGUUAUGGUUAAGGUUUGCUAUGGAUACUCCAUUCGUUAUCCCACAAGAAUAGUCAAACUGAAUUUAAACUAGCAGACGCUUGUGGUGAUGGAUAGUACUUUGAACCAAUAUGCUUUCUGAAUGAACUACAGAAUGAAUAUUCUGAAUGAACCACAGAACGAAUAUAUAUGGCUCUCCUUGUACCUGGCCUUUUUCAAGAGGUGUUACAACUAGUGCGAAGUUAGUUUACACUCAAGAUAAAGAAGAAAAGAGGAAACGCUUGGUAUGAUCCCCUAGCAUCAUGCCCAAAAUAUAGUCAGUGUAAGAGCCUCUCGGUGGCAACAAAUGGUGACCUUUUUUUCCUUACAAACCCAUCAUUUCUACUUGUCAAACGUACAUGGCGCCUGUCCUUAUAUAUAUCUUCCUUGGGUUCGUAUUUUCUCCUCCUUUUCAUACGACCGAAAUUUUUCAGGAUGUCACCAUUUUUGGGGCAAGUCUGGCCGUUUUCUUAUCCUUAAACUUUUGGAAUGGACUUCCCUUAGAAGUUGGGAAAUUGUCUUCACUUUUGGAAUGGACUUCCUUUAGUCUUUUUAAUGGCACAUGAAUCAUCAAACGUAUUCGACCUAUGGUCAAUUUGUUUUAUGAUUCAUUAUGGAAUAAUAUUUUUUUACAUCAUAUUUUAUGACAGUCAAUGAAGAGUGUUCCUAGAUCACAAAGAUCUGUUUAACACUGGCUUCAGUUCACAAGGGGAUCCAAAUCUAAACAGACUCACAAUAAUAAACACUUGUGAGCCCGCCCAAUAAUAAACACGCUAAUGGGAGCACAAGGGAUAAAAAGAAUUAUUUUUUUAGACUAAAAGUCGUAGAAAUUACUUUACAACAGCGUGGUACUACCUAGUUUCAUAGAAGCAAUGUCCCAAGGUGGUAGCCCACCUGGGGUCUUUCAAGAUUCACCCAUUCUAAUGACAAGUGCCCUUUAUGAAUAUGUUAACAGUUCUUUCAUCAUCUAGGGUUUGCCAGUCUCAUUGUCAAUGUUAAUUGAUUCUAAAUGGAACAGCCUUCAGGUGAACUAUGAGAUUGAAACAACCUAUACGCUCUAGUGACAACAAGAUCAGGGGCUGUCAUAUCGGUGUUUGGUAAUAGAUGCUGGAGUGCAUGUCCUGUAUUUGAAUUCCAUCUGACUGGUUCACUCAGUCAUCUAGUCAUGCACUAGGAACCUGGUCCAUUGCUGGCCUUAUUUUUGAACUCGAAUAUCGGCCCCACUUCUGUAUAUUCGUUGUAUUAAUAAUUUUACCGGCCCCACUUAUGCAUAUUCGUUGUUUUAAUAAUUUUACCUUUCAUCUCUUUUGAGACGAUGAGUGAUGUAUUUCAGUUAUAAGCCUUGGACAUAGCAGUCAUACUCGUGAUUUUUUAUUUUCUGUAUACUUACAGACACAUUUUCGUUUGCUCAUGGGACGCAGGAAUGAAACUCAUGAAGUAAUUAAGUACCUCGAGUUCUGUGUUCAUCGUUUACAUGAUGAGGAUCCUGGUGUGCACAACCUACUGCUUUCUCUGUAUGCAAAACAGGUAUAUAUGCUUCUUUUCGUCAGGAUGGAAAAAUCUUCUGUUUUCUCUUCUGCAUAUGCUUAUUGGCAGGGAAUCUGCAUGAAUCAUCUACUUUGUCCGUAACUUGUGUGCAUUACAUGAUGGCUGGAACACAUUUAUUUGAAUUUUAGUUAUUUAUCUAUGUACUUCUGAAGUGGUUGCUGUUGGAACAGUUUUAUUGCACUUGGCAUCCAUUUGGAUUUCUGUGAUUUCUUAAAAGUAAGAAGUACGUGGAUAUAUGAAAAUUCGUCAACCUUACUAUCUUUGGCAAUGUUGAGAAGGAGGUAUAUUCGAGGGUAAAAGUAUACAUCUGAUCUAGGUCUUGCUUUCAUCCGUUUAAGAUUUUUGAUCAUUUAUCAAAUCUUUAUAAUUGUCCAUUUUCGUUACACCGUUAGGUUAUUGUUACGUUACAAUGCCAAAGCAUGCUAAGUGUAUUCAUAGAAAAUUUGAUUCAUGUUAGAUUUUGGGAUUAGUGUGAAUGGUCUUGACGUGUAAUUCGGUGAAGACGAAGCAAAGAAAACGUGCAGCAAAAGUUGGAAAACCCAUUGACAUAUGUAUGUGUAUGGAUUUGUUUUUGAAACGCUUUGCUUGAUUUUAGUGGGCCCAUACUCCGCAUAACUGAUCGGUGUCUUGAUACCUUGUAUGAUAAUCUCCGAUCAUCACUCUGCUAUUUUAAGUCGGAAUUGGUGAGAUUAAAGGCUGCACAAGAUCUGUGUUAAUCUCCUAUCCUCCCAAGUUUUUUAAAAUAAAGAAGAGGAUCUUCAUCAUGGGUUCACAUCCUCUGUUAUAAUCCCCAGACAGGGGAUGAUGCCAUCUAGAUGAGUAGCAUCAGAGUCACCCUAGGCCUUCCUUGUUUGGACUCUGGGUAGAGAAUCAGUGAGCUUUAAAAAUGCAAAUCCGGUUAUAAUUUGUUUUUUAUCACAUCGUAUUCAUCUUAGCUAAUGAAAACUCAUAACUCGGGAGUUAAAGGAAAAAAUCUGAAAUCCAAUGCUUCUUGGUCCUGUUUCUCCAGUUAAUGCCGCUAUUUGUUUUUUUGUUUUUUUAUUUUUCACGGUAUUCAUUUUGCAACCUAUUCAGCAUCUUUUAUCAUAAUUCAAUAUAUUGAUUUCUUCUUCGUUUAAUCCGCCUGUUUUGUGAUUAGGAGGAUGACAGUGCACUUCUUCGUUUCCUCCAACACAAGUUCGGCAAAGGAAGAUCAAAUGGCAGUGAAUUUUUUUAUGAUCCAAAAUAUGCCCUAAGACUGUGCCUCAAAGAAAGACGGAUGCGUGCAUGUGUUCAUAUCUAUAGUAUGAUGUCAAUGCAUGAAGAAGCUGUAGCUCUUGCACUUCAGGUAAAAUAGUCAGGCUUAGUCUGUCUGAAGCCCUGCUAACCAAUUUAAUCGGAAAAAAAUGUCUAUGAGCUUUGGGGCAUAUAAUGAUCGUAAUAUAAUUACGUCUUCUGAGCCAGAGAAUUAUGCGCUGGCCGCAAAGAAAAUAGUUCUCUGAAGAUUUUACUAUGGAUAUUCUUGUGAUUUUUCUUCACUUUCCUGCGGUUCACCAGGUAGACCCAGAGCUUGCUAUGGCAGAAGCAGACAAGGUUGAAGAUGAUGAGGAUCUUAGGAAGAAGCUCUGGCUAAUGGUGGCGAAACAUGUUAUCAAGCAAGAGAAGGGAGUCAAAAGGGAAAACAUUAGGAAGGCAAUAGCGUUUCUCAAAGAAACUGAUGGCCUUCUGAAGAUUGAGGAUAUUCUUCCAUUCUUUCCAGAUUUUGCCCUGAUUGAUGAUUUUAAGGUAAACACUUCUGACUUCGAAUUUUGCAUUGCCGCUAAUACAGGUUUUCGGCUGACGUAGAACAUUGGUACUAAUUCUUCAACGAAAUAUAAGAAAACUUACUGAGAACAAUUGAUUUGAAAUAAAUACAUUUUGCAUUGCCAUAAAAAUGAAUUGAUUUUAAAACUUGAUCAUCUUCAUCAGACUGCAUUUUCAAUGCUUGUUCAUUGGAUUAUUGUGGUUGUCCUUUAGUUUAUUUGGUGGAUCAGCAGGCAAGAGAAGCUAUUUCUUCUGAAAACUUGUUUGGUAUUUAGUACGCUGAAAGAAAAAACUCUCUUGUUCCUGUUUAUUACAACGAUGACGAGACAACAUCUAAUUUUCUUAGUUUCUUCUUCAUCGGUGACCUUAUUUUCCUUCUUUCUCUAAGCAUUUUAUUUGAAACAUUCAACUGCCUGAAUGUUACAUCCCCAAGAUCUCCACAUAUUUUCUGUUUCAUAUUAAUGCCUAGAAUCCCAAUGCCUCACGCAGGAAGCAAUAUGCACUUCUCUGGAGGACUACAACAAGCAGAUCGAGCAGCUUAAGGAAGAGAUGAAUGACGCUACCUGUGGCGCAGACAACAUAAGGAGUGACAUCAAUGCCCUUGUUCAGAGAUAUGCCGUCAUAGAUCGCGACGAAGAAUGUGGGGUAAUUCCUCUGGACAGAUACUAUUAAACUGGGUUGACUUGAUUUCUCAUAGAUUUCGUGUACAUGCUACUGGGCUAUAGAUUUGUUACAAUCUGGCCCUCUAAAUUAUUGUGAGAUUUGCUCUUGUUGGCUUUAUUUCACAUAUUUUGCCAUAUGCACUGCUGGACUGGCCCUCUAAUUUUUAUCUUAUGAGCAGGGUUGCCGACGUAAAAUUCUGGGGAUGGGUGGGGUUCAAAGGAUGUCCCGAGGCUACUUGUCAACUGGGCCAAUGGCUCCUUUUUACAUCUUCCCCUGCGGGCAUGCUUUCCAUGCAGAGUGUCUGAUUGCUCAUGUUGCACAGCACACAAGCCGAGCUCAGGUAAGUCUGAAGUGAUCAUGAUUUUUAGCUUCCUUCAUUCUGCUCACGUUGCACAGGAUCUCUGAUUCUCGUUCAGUCAUCUGGUAAUGUGAUCGAAUCUUUCUUUCUCCCAUCCGCCUCACAUUCUAGCCAGAUUAAGAGAGAAAUCGAAGAAAAAAACUCUUGUACUCGAUCUUGAGGUCCCAGCGUUCUCAUCCAUCAAUCAGUAGACUUUCUUUCUAAUUAGAAUUCAUUCAUCUGAUAGGUGGGCACAUUCAUUUUAGAUCAAGAGAGAUCCGGUGAGAACAAAAAACCCGUUUUUAGGUCCAGAUCCUGCUGCGGUGGAGGACACUGAUUGAGGAGAUCCAUAGCUCACCCAUCAUACUCUUAAUGAGCCCACAUCAAGUGGGUGUCUUUAUGAUGUAUUUAUCAUUCCAACUGGAUGUAUUUUUUUGUCUCCAUCCGAUAUCUGGUCUGGGGCCCCCAUUUCAACCGCCAAUUAGUAGAUUUCUAAUUUUGAUCCAGUUAUAUCUAGUAAGUGGGCACACUCAUCUCAGAUUAAGGGAGAAAUCGAAAAAAAAAAAAAAAAACCAAUUUAUGAACAGUAGCCUGAUGAUCUUUUCAUCAUCUCUGCGGCUGUUGGAAUGACUUUAUGAGGCAGCUGGAAUGAUAAUAAUUAGUGGGCACAUUCAUCUCAACUGGAUACAUUUUUCUGCUGUCUCCAUCCGAUAUCUGGCCCCUCAUUUCAACCGCCAAUUAGUACAUUUUUUAAUGUUGAUUCAGUCAUAUCUAGUAAAGUGGGCACAUUCAUCUCGGAUCAAGGGACAAACCGUAAAAUUAAAAAAAAAAGAAAAAAAAAAGAACGGGUUUCUGAGUAGUAAGUAGUCUUAUGAUCUGUGUUCAUCAUCAUGUGCGUGGCUGCAGGCCGAGUUCAUCCUGGAGCUGCAGAAGCAACUUAGCUUGAUCAGCGGGAGCUCAAGGGUGGAGCCAAGUGGAUUGACGGAGGAUGGGUCCAUUGCUGGAGUGACCCCCACUGACAAGGUCGGAGAGAUUUUGAUCAGUCCCAUCUAUUUUUAGAAACUAUAUCUAUGUAUAUAUCAAAGAUGGGAUUCUGAGGAAUUGUUUUUGGGUGUUUGGGGGUGAGCAGCUGCGGUCUCAAUUGGACGAUGCGAUUGCUAGUGAAUGCCCGUUCUGCGGAGAUUUGAUGAUCAGAGAGAUCUCCCUCCCGUUCGUCCUCCACGAAGAGGCAGAGUAUGCUGCUUCCUGGGAGAUCCGGCCGCCCCCUCCCUCCAAUCAGAGGAUUCUCCCCAUGAUCAUGUGA